ACCGAAGACCUCCAGUGCGAUAUUUGUAUACACCAUUACACUUCCACGUGGCGUUGGAGCUGACUGAACUCAGCUCGUCCGGUUGUUAGGUGUCCGUGACACCCACACAAAAUAUCAAGACCUCAUCAGACCAGUCUUGCGACGUUUCGCUCGCUACAGGUCGUCAAUCUUCCACAUAAUCUCAAUCAGGGUGUCAGGCUCGAUAACAGACUUUCCUCCAACCCACGUUCAGGCAGAACUAGAUCAACCCCUUCAACUAUGUCCAUCCACAAUGAACUCUUCACAUCGAGCGAACCCAACAUCGACGAUGUCCAUGCAAACGCUUCAUCAUCGAAUUUGGACCCCUUCAAAUUUAGUCAUGGACUCACAGGGGUAGAUCAGCCUGCCAACUACCUCUUUAUCAACAUUUUGAUAGCGACGUUAUUACUUCCGAUUGUUCUUGCAUUUGCAUAUCGGAGUGUCAUUUACCUACGAAACGACCGUCGUCGUGUCUCAGUUAUAAACUCCUGUAGGGGCCAGAAUUUCUGGAAGAGAGACAGAUACUCCAUACUAGGCUCGCUGAAGAGAUACUUCCUCUAUGCCCCGCUGAUGGGUGAUCGACACAGUCGCAAGCUACAGGUGACGCCCAGCGUCAGUGCCAGAGCGUUGCCCACACGGCCACAAUUCCUUGUCAUCAUAAUCUACAUUACUAGCAACGUUGCCUUCUGUCUAGCGAUCCCAGAACGACCUACAGCACAACGAUUUGCGGAGCUUCGAGGACGAUGCGGCGCCCUUGCAGCAUUCAACUUGAUAAUUACGGUCCUGUUUGCCCUCCGCAACAACCCGCUCAUCUGGCUAUUGGGAAUCAGCUACGACACAUUCAACCUCUUCCACCGUUGGGCCGCGCGACUGGUCGUCCUCGAGUCAACAGCUCACGUUGCCGCAUUCGUUUACAGCACCUACCAAGUCACUUAUGAGGGACAGAAUGGAUGGGCCAGCAUCAAGUGGAUUAUCGAGCAAUCGGUGUCCUACAGAUGGGGUCUCGCCGGCUUUAUCGGUUUCAUCUUCCUACUACUGCAGUCACUCGGACCGCUCCGUCGAGCUUUCUACGACACGUUUCUGACUCUGCACCGUCUCGGGAUUAUCGUAUCAAUAUCCGGAGUCUAUUAUCACAUGGCAAAGCAUGCUCUGCCGCAACUUCCUUGGGCUUACGUCGUCGUCAUAUUACUUGCACUGGAACCUGCGAUAAGGAUGGGCCGUGUGGUAUACUACAACUUCGCCUGGAAGCAACGCGCCUGGACAAGAGUCGUGCUUGAAGCUUUACCCGGAGAAGCAACGCGAGUUACCUUCUCGAUACCUCAAUCGUGGAAUGUCAAGCCAGGGUCACACACCUACGUAUACCUGCCACGAGUAGCACCACUCUCCUUACACCCAUUCUCGAUAGCUUGGCAUACUUCUUCCGGAUAUACCAGGUUGGACUCUGAAAAGCUCCAAUUGAGCGUGGCGGAUCUGAUGGUAGAAGAUGGUCCAAGCACGAUCUCGUGUAUCGUCCGCGCGCGUAGGGGUAUGACCCGCUCGCUGUACGACAGAGCGUCUGAGGCCAAGACGGACCACGUCGAGUUAUGGGGUGCGAUCGAGGGACCAUACGGUGGGUACCAUAGCCUAGACUCGUACGGUACUGUCGUGCUGUUUGCCGCAGGUGCCGGCAUCACACACCAGCUGUCAUUUGUACGACACUUGCUAGCGGGGUAUCACCACAACACUUUGGCUACGAGAAAGAUCGUGCUUGUGUGGUGUAUACCGACUAUCGAGUGUGUUAAGUGGAUAUACCCCUGGCUUGAGGAGCUUGCAGCCAUGUCGGACUGCGCCGACAUCGUGCAGAUACAGCUGUAUGUAUCGCGCUCGACUUCGCAAGCCGCAGAGUCAUUGCCUUUACCCAUCAGAGCACAGAUUUUCUCGCAGAGAUGUGACCCUCAGAACAUCGUCGAUGAGCAAAUCCUAGUGCAAGUUGGCGCCAUGGUAGUCACAGUGUGUGGACCUGGAGGCUUCAACGACAGCGUACGAGCAGCUGUGAGACGCCGCGUGGGUUUGCGUAGUAUCGACUUCUUUGAAGAGACGUUUUCAUCUUGAGGGAGAAGGGGCGCAUCGCAUGACAAUAUUUCCGAUAUCUUGAGAUCUCCAACUACCUAUAACGAGAUUCGGCCUUCGGACAGCGGCCUGGUCGACAGUUCUGUGUAACACAGUCAUAUUACUGGCUUAAGUGGGACCGCGUACAGUACACAUUGCAUAUUUUGGCGUUUCUGUGUCGACUCACUUAUUGUGUUUGCUAUUUGGCGUUUCUUCAUCUGAUCAUCUUCGGGCAAUGAAUGUUUUGAAGUUGAAUGAUCUCGAUAGGCGAAAGUGUUGAGCAAGAAGUAAUUAGAUUUCUCUGUUGAGCUGUUCUCAAAGCCAGCCG